AUGCGUCUCAUCAACACCCGCACCUUGGCCCUGGCCGAGUUCUUUGGCGACGAGAUCCCGCGGUACGCCAUCGUCUCUCACACGUGGAGCCACGAUGAAGUGACGUUUCAAGACUGGAAGGAGGACCUAUGCGUGGCGAGAGAGAGGGAAGGGUUUCGCAAGAUUGACAUGGCCAGGAUUCAGGCGACUGACGAUGGACUCGAUUAUCUCUGGAUCGACACCUGCUGCAUCAACAAGGAGAGUUCCGCCGAGCUGUCCGAGGCCAUCAACUCCAUGUUUGCGUGGUACGAGUGCGCCGUGCGGUGCUACGCCUACCUCUCGGACGUAGACCACGCGGAACGACUAGACGGGCCCGCCGGCGACGCAGAGCACAGCUUCGACAUCCUUUCGCGGAGCCUCUGGUUCACCCGCGGCUGGACGCUGCAAGAGCUCCUAGCCCCGCGGGAGGUCCUCUUCUUCGCCCGCGGCUGGAGCCUCCUGGGCACCCGCAAGCUCCUCGCGGGCGUCAUCCAGAGAAUCACAAACAUUGACUGGAAAUACCUCCAGCCGCGAAGCAGGAAACGCCUGUCCGACGCCAGCGUCGCCGAGCGCAUGUCGUGGCUGUCGUGUCGCAAGACGACCCGCAAGGAGGACAUGGCGUAUUGCAUGCUCGGCAUCUUUGAUAUCAACAUGCCUCUCCUCUACGGCGAGGGCGCGAAGGCGUUUGCGCGGCUGCAGGAGGAGAUACUCAAGACGUCGACAGACCAGUCGCUGUUUUGCUGGUCCUGGACGGAGAGCGACCCGGGUUCCUGGGUCAGCAUGCUGGCGCCGUCGCCACGCAAUUUUAGAAAUGGGCAGGAUUAUCACCCGGCGCACGACGCCUCGAGCAGGCCGGUGCCGUAUUCCAUGACCAACUUUGGCUUGUCGAUACAGUUGAUGCUGGUACGCCCCGCCAACAUCCGCAUUUCCAACUUUGGCUUCCGGCCCCCGGAGUGUAUCGGCAUCCUAUCCGCCAGUACAAAGGGCGGCCACCUCAUCGGGGUUCCCCUGGAGAGCACCGGCCUAGUGGACACGUACAGAGUCGUCCGGGACUUCCCCCGACCCAUCUCGCUGCGAUGGAACACGCGCGAUCUAGGGCUGCUAAAGUCCGGCAGCAGCCUCAAAGUCGAAGUCCACGACAUCUUCGUCCCCUCAAAAGCGCCGGGAAGCGAUCUCGGCAUCGUCCAGCUCAAGCCGCACGACUCGAGCUUUCACCUGGGCGAGUACGCCAUCAUGCUCCUUGUCAUGCAUAGCCGGGGCUCUGGCGUCGAGAUCUUUACACGCAUCGAGGCGAUACCGCGGUAUACGGAUUCCAUGGCGGGGUUCAUCACCAUGAAGAAGUUUAAGUUCCCGCCGUCACCAACGACAACGACAACAGCGACGACUGGACCAAACUCGGGACCAAACUCGGCAGUCUUCAACGCAGUCGAAGCACACGGCGCGCUCGUUCGACUCCACGCAAACUCCCUCAGCCAAAAGGACGGCGCCCUCUGGAUGCUCUUCGGCGUGCUUGUCAAUAAGGCAGGGCAGUCGUGGUGGAUAUUCCGGUACCUGGACGGGCUCGCCUCCACCCCCGGCUCGUCUGCCUCGUCAUCGUCGUCCUCUUCCUCCUCGAUGACGGAAGCCAACCUGGAGAGGCUGCUGCGGGACGCGGCGACGAAUUGGCAGCCUUCGUACCGGGCUAAAGCGUACGUCUCCCCGCAGGCGGUAGAGAGUAGACGCGUGACAAAGAGAGAUGCGAUCACGAUUACGUUUGGGCCCGAGUUCCGCGCCGAGGUGAAUGAUCGAAAGACGAUUGCUAAGGCUGCGCAUCUUAUUGUUUCGGGGGUUACUGCGGGACUGAAGACGUCGGAGACAAUUUGA